GAGAGAGAGAGAGAGAGAGAGGAAACAAAAACAAGAAAAUAGAGGCGAUAAAAAAAAAGAGAAAGAGAAAAAGAAACAAAAAAAACUAAACAGACUAGAAAAAUAAACAGAAAAAAGAAAGAAAAGAAAAGAAAAGAAAGAAAAACGAACAUAAGAAAUAAACAGGACCAAGAAAUAAAUCAAGAAAAGAAGAAAGAAACUAAGAAAAACCACCACCACCACCACCACCACCACCACCACCACACCUUCAGGAUGGGGCGGGGCACUGGGCAGGUGUCGUGGGGGGAACAGACGGAGCUUCUUCAGUACCUCCUCUACAUCUUCAACACUGUCUUCUUCUGCGCAGGGGCUCUCGUUUUCUCGGUAGCGAUGUGGAUUCGAUUCGACAAAGACAUGGGGGAUUUUGUGGAAGCUGUCGGCAUAUUCCACUACUGGGCGGGGACAACUGUCGUGAUGGUCGGCGCUUCUCUUGUCAUGCUCAAUGCCUUCAUCGCCUGCUGCGGGGUGUACUCCGGCAGCAAGUGUAUGGUGGUGACUUACAUGAUCUUCACAGUGAUCACCUUUAUUAUGCUGCUGGGAGGAUCUGCCUACACGCUGGACAACGGUAUGGAGGACUCGAAGGCGUACCCAUUCAUUCAGGAGCAGAUGAGGCAGCUGAUCCACCAAUACCAGUGGGACGUGGCUGCCAGGCGCUCUGUUGAUAUUGUGCAGGAAUAUGUGGGCUGCUGCGGUGGUUAUUCGGCCAGCGACUACACGGAUAUACACCUGCCCGUGCCCAACACCUGCCGUGACCAGGUGACCGGUAACCAGUACGGAGACUCCUGCGCUGAGAUCUUUGGCCAAUACCUGGAAGUGCGCACUGGUUGGCUGGCUGGUCUCUCCCUGUCCCUCUGUUUCUUCCAGUGCUUCGCCAUGAUGAUCUCCGUGUGUAUGUACAUGGCCUUCAGGGAGAGAGAAGAAGAAAGGCGCAUGUAGUCUGCUGUAGUAUGUCUCCCUCAAGCUUACGUCUCUACCCUCACCAGUCGCCAUAUCCCUUCACCCGACAUACCACAAGACACUAGCUCCCACUCCCCCAGCACUCCCUGCACGUGUCAGCUGCAGUGAUAGUUAUGAUACGCUGUCGCCACGUCCUCAUGUUUUGGUACGAAUAAAAUAGUGGAAUAGAAUGGUACAGAAUUUAUCUAGUACAAAAAUAUGACGCGUGUAUCUAAAACUGUUUAAUAUACUAGAUAUGAGACUAAUUUCUGUGGGAAGUACGUAAGUUGCUUAACGAAAAAGAUGAUAGAUAUAAGAUAAGAUAAGUAAAUAGUGAAAUAAUAGAUAAGUGAUUUGUGUAGUUAUGUCUGUUCAAUGAUUCACACUAACUAAAUCAUGUUUGUAGUACCUGGGAUGGGCUCAGAAUUAAGAGUAGUUCUUGAUACUACCAUGGCACCCUUCUUCUCUUCCUCUCUCUCUUUGUGCCUGCCAGUGUUCCUCUCUCUGGUGUCUGAAUGUGUGGAUAGUUUCGUGGUUAAAGGAAUUCCAGCUGAAACAAUAAAAAGGUUAGAUUUGUUACCUAGUUCUCUUUGUCAAUUCCAGCUGAACCAAUGAAAAAAAGGUUAUUCUAGAUUUGUUAGCUCUUUUGUGAAUUCCAGCUGAAGAAAUAAAAAGUGUACAUUUGUUACUUCUUUUGCCUAUUCCGACUGAGGCAAUAAAAAGGGUAGAUUUGUUAGUUAUUUUGUCUUUUCCAGCUGAAGCAAUAAAAAAGUGUUAGAUUUAUUAGAUGUGUUGUCUAUGUGAAUGGUACUGGUAAGACUUUAAAGUAAUUAUUUAAUUAACUCCUCUGAACUUUUUGAAGUACCAUUGGAUUGAAACAUUGUACAACAGUCAACAUUUGGUCAGUGUUAAGUGUGAUGUGUGAGUCAGUGAUUAGUCACUAUAUGGGCAACACUACAAGUUUACUAUGUAUUUCUUAAGAGUGUGGGAACAGGAACACUUUUUAUAUGUUUAUAUUUUGAAAGUUCCCAAACAAAUUAAUAAACCAUUAAGUUUU